UGCUGCUCGCGGCGAAAGCCAAGAACAGGUUCAAUAUAAGAGGUGCUGUUAUCUGACCAUCGCGUCAUCGCUUCAGUCUUUGUCCAGCUUCUCGCACCUCUGCGACUCGCUAAAUCAGUACCGUUCGCCCAAGGACCGCUUACGGUUUUAGCGAAGCAACUUUGCGGCAUCCCAGCUUUACAAACCUGUCCUUAGACACUCACUCUCACACACAUACAUACCCCUCGGCAAAAUGACCACUUCCGCAGAGCGCGCAGAGCGCGAACGUGUGGCUUCUCAUGGCCGUGGUGGAGCAGGCAACAUCGGAAAGGACGAUCCUACCAACUACCCGAAACCAGAAGACCUCGUCACUCCCACGCUCAAGUCCAACACCUACACAACUGGCCGUGGUGGGACUGGAAACAUGGCACACAACGAUCCCCAGCACCCUGAACUUGCCCGCGCAGCGCAAGACGUCGAUAGCCCCCCUCAGCCAGAAGCUCAAGGUCCCACGCACUACGGACGAGGUGGAGCUGCCAACAUCAUUGGGUCAGACAAUCAGCCGCGAAAGAGCGCAGAGGUCAAGCGCAAGAGCGAGGAAGUCAAGCGCGACGAGGGUGCUGGCAAAGGUCUGCUUGCGAAAGGCAAGGAGAUGUUGCACAAGCUGGGCAAGAAAUGAGUCCUAGGCCAGCUUGCUCGUGCAGUCACCAGAAACUACACAUGGUUCUGCUCCAGAUUCGUGGGUUAGUCGCUCCUAGCCAGCGAUUGACUAUUGUCAAGGCUAGAUAAUGGGAGCUGAAGUGAUUUGAGGUUUCUUUGCUAUGGUUUAUGAUAUCCCCAGGUUUUGGAAGCUUUAACUUUAGGUGGGCAGUGGAGUUGGUGGGGUUUUCUUCUUUCGAGUUAUCUACUACCAUUCUCAGGCCUUGGAUCUUCCAAGUGGAGGACUCGCAUACCACUAUCCCAUUUGCCUUUCUCAAAACUUGUGUCUUCGGCCACCCGAGUAGCGAUUCUCACAACCAUUUCAAGCAUGCGUGUUCUUCAGUGGCAACUAUUUACAAGCACAACACAUCACUGGUUGAAGAUAUCAGUUUUCCGUAUACACUGACUAGGCCACGAACUUUUACUGGUAUUACGUAU